AAGACAGAGAGAGAUCGAGAGAGGAGUUCUUGUCAACUAAUAGUAGAGACAAAUUAAAAACACCUUCUUCUUCUUCUUUCUUCCUUUUUCUUUUUUCUUUUUUCUUUUUCCUUUUUUUUUUUUCCUUUUAAUUUUCUUUGGAUAGUUUAGUGUGACUGGAAUCGGGGAAUCGGUAGCUUGGUUGGUGGGGAAGAAUGAAUGCUGUGAGAGAGAUGCAGACCCAACUUGGUCCUAGAGAGAGAAACACACACUUUGCUUUCUCUCUCUCCUCAUUGUUAGUUGAACAUUAUCAUUGUGUUUAGACAGACCAUAGUACACAGAGCUUAGAAAAAGAGAGAGAGAGAGAGAGAGAGAGCAUGCACGUGGUUGAGCAUCAGUUUAAGUGGAGGCAGAAAACCUGCUGAGCUUCCCGACUAUUAUAAGCCGUGACAUUAAUUUUUGGCUCCCACUCUCUCACCUGCUUCUUUCCAGCCAACCCAAACCCCCACAGCUCACACACUGACACACACACUAUGUUCCUCAAAUUUUCUUUUCCCCUUCACAAUUAACCCUAUAACUCCCUGCCUCCCGUUACUUCUCUUUGUCCCUCCUCCAUUCUUUCAAGCCAAAAAGCUCAAAUUUUGGUGCUUUGAUUCGACCCAGAAGCCAAAACGCUUCUUAAAUUUUGGAUCUUUCGUUGUUCCUGAAUCCUGAGCCUUCACUGAGACAAACCCAGAAGCCAAAAUCGUCUCUUUCUGUGCAAAUGUGGUGGAACUCUCAGAGAUUUCUGCAAUUCCAGCAAAACCCAGAAGUGAAAAAUGCUGAUUUUUUACCAUGAUCGUGACGGGGCGUUUCGGAUACUCGAAAACAAGUGCAACAAUGGCAGCAAAGUAGGAAUCGGAUCUUAUCUGCUUCAGAUCCAAUUACCAUAAUGCCAAACGGGUACCCCUUUUUUUUACUGCACAUAUUUACUGUGUAAGUAAUUAGCAUGAGAAAGCUUCAUACAUUUCGCCUUUCUCCUGCCCUGUUGUGCUUUGCUGUUGCUUUAUUUUUGGCAAUCAUUGGUGUUACUUCAGUAACUGAGAAGGAGAUUUUACUUCAGUUCAAAGGGAAUGUAACGAAUGAUCCGUACAAUAGUUUAGGCUCAUGGGUUUUUACUGGGAAUCCUUGCAAGGAUUAUGGUGGUGUGUUCUGUAACUCUGCUGGGUUUGUAGAGAAGAUAGUCUUGUGGAAUACUAGCAUUGGUGGAGUGCUGUCUACGGCUUUGUCCGGGUUGAAAUAUCUGAGGGUUUUGACAUUGUUUGGGAACAGAUUUUCAGGAAGUAUACCAAACGAGUAUGCCAAGAUUCAAUCAUUGUAUAAGAUCAAUUUUAGCUCAAAUGCGCUAUCUGGGUCGGUUCCUGAGUUUAUAGGUGACUUGCCUAGCAUUAGGCUUCUUGACCUGUCGAGGAAUGGUUUUACCGGGCAGAUUCCAUCGGCUUUGUUUAAGUACUGUUACAAAACCAAGUUUGUUUCUCUGUCUCAUAACUUUCUUUUGGGUUCAAUUCCGGAUUCAUUGGCGAAUUGCUCGAAUCUUGAAGGGUUUGAUUUCUCUUUCAACAACCUCAGUGGUGGCAUUCCUUUGCGACUUUGCGAUAUUCCCAGGUUAGAUUAUUUGUCACUGAGAAGGAACGGCUUAUCAGGGAGUGUUGUACAGCAGCUUUCAGCGUGCCAGAGCUUGAAGCUAUUGGAUCUCGGUAGCAAUUUGUUUACUGGUUCAGCACCAUUUGAGGUUCUUGGAUCGAGCAAUCUUACUUAUUUCAAUGUAUCGCAUAAUGAGUUUACUGGUAAGCUUCCUGAUUUUACAACUUGUAGUGAGAGAAUGGAGUAUUUGGAUGCUUCAUGGAAUGAGUUGGAUGGAGAGGUUCCUCCGAGCAUUACAAACUGUAGAAGUCUCAAGGUUUUGGAUUUGGGGUACAAUAGGUUGAGUGGGAGCAUCCCAGAAGUUCUUGGAAAUCUGGAUACACUUGUCGUGAUUGAAUUGAGUAAUAAUUCAAUAAGCGGAACUAUUCCAGAAAGCCUUGCAAGCAUUCAGCUACUUCAGGUCAUGGAUUUGCACAAUCUCAACCUCGUUGGUGAAAUACCCCAUGAUAUAAGAAAUUGCAUGUUUCUUCGUGAGUUGGAUGUUUCUGGUAAUGCCUUGGAGGGAGAAAUUCCUCAAGGUCUUUACAACAUGACUUACCUUGAAAUCCUUGAUCUCCAUAAAAAUCAGCUCAAUGGAAGCAUCCCGCCAGACAUAGGAAACCUGUCCAGAUUACAAUAUCUGGAUCUUUCACAAAAUUCACUUUCGGGGCCAAUUCCUUCUUCCCUUGGAAACCUAACAAAGUUAACCUAUUUUAAUCUCUCCUCCAAUAAGCUUUCAGGCACCAUUCCUACAGCUAUUCAAGGUUAUGGCUCCUAUGCAUUUAUAAACAACCCCUUCCUCUGUGGUGCUCCUUUGGACACACCUUGCUCAGCAACUGGUAAUGGUACUAUGACUCCCACUUCGAGAAAACCCAAGGCUCUUCGUGUCCCUGCCAUCAUCGCAAUUGUUGCAGCUGCAUUGAUUCUUAUUGGAGUAUGUCUCGUAUGCAUUAUGAACAUCAAAGCCCGUAGAAAGAAGCAAGCUGAUGUGACAUUGGUUGUUGAGAGCACGCCACUUGGCUCGACUGAUUCAAAUGUUAUAAUCGGUAAGCUGGUUCUCUUCAGCCAAAGUUUGCCUUCAAGGUAUGAAGACUGGGAGUCCGGCACAAAAGCGUUGCUUGACAAAGAAUGUAUAAUAGGUGGUGGAUCAAUUGGUACAGUCUACAGGACGAAUUUUGAAGGUGGUGUCUCAAUUGCAGUGAAGAAGCUCGAGACUCUGGGAAGGAUCAGAAACCAAGAUGAAUUUGAGCAAGAAAUUGGACGACUGGGCAACCUUCAGCAUCCCAAUUUAGUAGCAUUUCAAGGCUACUACUGGUCCUCGACAAUGCAGUUGAUGCUAUCAGAAUUUGUUCCAAAUGGGAAUUUGUUUGACAAUCUACACGGCCUUCAUUAUCCAGGUCCGAGCACUAGCAGAGGCAAUAGUAAGUUGUACUGGUCUAGGCGAUUUAAGAUUGCUGUGGGAACAGCAAAAGCACUUGCCUACCUUCACCAUGACUGCAGGCCUCCUAUUCUGCAUCUCAACAUUAAAUCCACCAACAUACUGUUAGAUGAGAAAUACGAGCCAAAGUUAUCAGAUUAUGGGUUAGGGAAAUUGCUUCCCAUCUUGGAUAAUUACGGUUUAACCAAAUUCCACAAUGCAGUUGGAUAUGUUGCACCAGAGUUGGCUCAGAGUCUGAGACUAAGCGAGAAGUGUGAUGUGUAUAGCUACGGAGUGAUUCUUUUGGAACUGGUCACAGGGAGGAAACCGGUAGAGAGUCCAACUGCAAACGAGGUGGUGGUUCUGUGUGAAUAUGUUAGGGGGUUAUUGGAGAAUGGCUUUGCUUCAGAUUGCUUCGACAGAAGCUUAAGGGAUUUUGUAGAGAAUGAACUGAUUCAGGUUAUGAAAUUAGGGUUGAUUUGUACAUCUGAGCUCCCUUCGAAAAGACCAAGCAUGGCUGAGGUUAUUCAGGUUCUUGAAUCCAUCAGAAACGGAUUGGAGGCUUAGUUUGCCUCAGCAUCAGAUCAACGAUGCAUCUUCACCGGAGAAGAGGUCAGGAUGAUAGUAGUUAAUUUGAAAUGAAGGUUGGAUUAGUUGGGGAGAGUAGGAGGGUUUUGCAUAUAGGGAAAAAAAGAUACAAUUCAUUGUAUUCAUUUGGGGUUUACCAAAACCAAUUGUUUUCUUACAUUCUUCAAGCCUGCAAAUAAAAACAUUCAUUUACUGUA